UACAUGUACAUCAGUGUUACUCUUUCAGUCACGCGACGCUUUUAAGUGGCUGUGAAUGAUGAGUUGACAAGCUAUUUCCACAGGCCAUGUGAAAGCGUUCUCAAGUUUCAGGGUUACGGUCUUCAAGAAUCGCCAUACUCUACCGGCAAUGGCAUUAAACACUUCGUCUUUAUAGAAUUAUCAGCUGGCUUCCAGUAGAAGUUUAUUUCCAGUAUUAUGUCAACGAUAGAAUACGAUUCCACAAAAGGCUCUUCAAAUAUAGUUUGCCUUACUGUUCAAUGUAUCGUGAAUAUGUUGAGCAGAACAGUACUAAAGUUCAGGAGAAUCAUGUUCUGCAAAGGCCGAGGCGAGCCCCUSCAAGGUUAUCAUUUUAUUUUCCUGGUACUAGUAAUAUUGGGGUUGAUGAACAUAGCAUUUUGGRUAGGCUUUGCUACUGCGAACCUGAAAAACCAGUACGAAAACAUGAAAAACCGGUUUAAAGAACGCAAKGUUGACAUACGUGACGACGUUGAAGCAUUGAAUCCUAACAAUAGRCUAUCGGGGAAGUUCUACAGAGAAAUUAAAUUUGAUAGUGUUAAAGAAGUUGAUGAGGAUAUUGGAAAGAACUCRGAGGACAUAGRGCGACUUAAACAAUUAAAAGAAGAAGCACAGAAGAAAAUCGAAARCGAAGAUCUGCAAAAUCUAGAGAACGAUGAGGAAAAGAAGGUARCAGAGUUAAAUAGAAUAGAGGAAAACCUAAAAMAUUUUGAAGAAGAUGAACGAAAAAGACAAAAUGAGGAGCCAGAAUUGGUAAAAAUCGACGAAAGUCAACGAAAUCCUGAAAAUGAGCGAAAUGGUGAAUUACUACAGAGUAAUGUUGAUGUGAAACAACGAAAUUCGGAAAUAGAAAACCAACAAAAUCAAAUUGAGAAGUUAGAACGAAGGGAAAAUAUACAAAGCAGCUCAAAAGUUGAACAAGCGAAAAGAAUCCAGAAUCAGCUAAAUGAGGACGCAAAACAACGAAUCCAAAAGGCGGCUUCAUUCACCCGCCACUCGGACGAAGUAUUGAGACAAAUGCCUAUAAUAAGUAUGGAUGAUUUAGAAGAAAACAGAACAACUGCUAUGGUUGUUGUGUUUGUAAUAUCAUCACCUCAUAGUUUUGACCAACGUCAAGCUAUUCGUGAAACAUGGUGGACAAAGUGCAGGGGACCACAGGCUGUUUGCUAUUUUGCCACUGAUGGAUUCAUUGAGGAAAGCAUGUACGACAGAUUAAUGGACGAACACAAGAAGUACAAAGACAUAUUAUUCCUUCCAACAGACGAGGGCUUGAACUCAGGGCUACGCUUGUUUUUUCUUCUUCAGUGGGCCCAAUCGAAAUACAAACCAUCUUUCUUCCUGMGAAUAGAUGAUGACUAUUUUCUCUGCAUCGAAAGGCUUCUCAAUGAGUUACCUCAKAGAAGAAGCAAAGCUCUUGUUUGGGGAUAUUGGCAUUGUGAAAACACCUCUGCAGUUUACGUUGAUGAAUCGUUUCUACUUUUAAGCUUUGAUUUGGUGGACAUGAUAUUGUCCUGGGAUGAAAAAAAGCUUCUUUGUCAUCCUUAUGGAGAUCAGCAACUUGCAUUAUGGUUGACUCAACAUUCGGUUCAAUUUUUCGGUUUUCACGAUAAAAGACUCGCAUACAAUCCCACUACAUCUGAUUUUAAUACACUGAAGAACUCCACUACUAAAUUAUGCGAUGUCCGGCUGGGGGUUCGUGAAAUUUACCCAACCGAAAUGAAGACUUUUUGGUCAAAUGGUAACGACGGACAGAAGCCAUUCUCGAACAUGGUUCCUGUGUACCCAAAUGUAUGCCGACAUCAGCCUCGCUUAAGUUGGGAUUCAGYUCAACCAAAUCAUCGCCCGUCAAACAACGGUGUAAUGAUGACUCCAAAAAGACAAAGAAAAAGGUGAAAAAUAUAGAUUAAGAAAGUGUAAUACGCUCAAGGCAUUUCCAUGUUAAACCACUAUAGAUGCACUUUAAAACUUAAAUGAAACCGCAAAUAUUUCAUAAAAAUGAAUACGGGGUCAAAAACAAACAAAGUAGUUUAUUGUCAGAAGGUUUUUUUUCUUUCUGCACACGUCCAAAAGUCGAGUCUGAAGACUGGGACGGUUUCUUURCGUUUCUAAAACACCAGGUCAUCAGCAUUGUAUAACUGAAGGCGGCGGAUGUUAGAAGAAAAUAUGAUUCGUCUACAAUGUGGGAGUUGUGGCUUUCGAGCGUUCGAUAAACAUUUUAGCUUAAAAGUUUUGCAGUCGAUCAUCUUAUAGUAAAUGGCAGGAGUCAGGGCGUAUGCGAGGGCGUACGCUUUUCUUUCAUACAAAGAUUUAAAUUGACCUUUUUGAAUCUUAAUACCAGCACGCAAAAUUGUUUCGGAACUAUGAAUGGAUCAAAUAGUUCAUUUCACUUGGUUUAGAAGUUUAUCCUCAAUGAAUUCCAAAGCGUAAGCAUUUCUAUUCAAAACCAAGUCUGUCGUCCAUUCGAAAAGGGAACUAUUUAUGWGAAAAUUACUGUUGCCAGCUGGAGUUGGUUAAAGCAGUCGGUUGUACAGUGUGAAAGAAGGGGAUCUGAGGUUAUGGGAUAAAUUGACUGUAUGAAAUAAGUUGCGAGGACGUACGAAAGGGACGUACAUAAAUCAAACUAACUGGAAAAGAAGAAAUCAUCGUUAAAUUUAAUAAAUUAAUGGCUAUAAAAAUGGAUUAAUUAAAUGAMUAAACAAAUUGCAGAUGAAAUAAUCAAAUAGAUAGAGACAUCUAUACAAUUACAUUAGCUAUAUCUACCUCAACUGAUCUUCUUUUGCGGUUUUACCUACGUCAAAGCUACAAAUCCUAACGUCAAGAUGUCAUGGUGCUAACGAGUUAAGACUGUAUUAUUGUAUCUUUUACUGAUUUUAAUGUAAUCAGGAUUGCCUGUCAUUUAUAUUAAUCUCUUCAAAAAUAGAUUAAA